AUGGAUCCAAGUUCUUGUCUUGAUCAUGCCCUUUUUCAACUCACACCAACAAGAACAAGAUGUGACUUGGUGAUUGUUGCUGGUGGUGUGAGUGAAAGAUUAGCUUCUGGGCUGUUGGAACCUUUUCUUACUCACCUUAAAUGUGCCAAAGAUCAGAUUUCAAAAGGUGGCUAUUCCAUCACACUGCAUCCAGUUGGUACUUUUGCUCCAUGGUUCACCAAAGCCACACUGCAAAGGUUUGUUAGAUUUGUAAGCACUCCAGAAGUUCUAGAGAGAUUUGUGACCAUAGAAAAGGAGAUUGUGCAGAUUGAAGGUUCAGUUCAAUCAAGUGAGGCAGAAGGAAAUCUGUCAUAUGCGGAAGGGCGUGCCAAAAGAUUGACAAAUUCCUUGAAUCAAGAUGGACAUGAAGAGAAUUCGAGAGUUCGCCUUCAACGUGUUCUAGACAAUCGUAAAGCUAUGCUUUGUAAAGAACAGGCAAUGGCGUAUGCACGUGCUUUAGUUGCGGGAUAUUAUCCAGAAUCAAUGGAUGAUCUUAUUUGUUUCGCCGAUGCUUUUGGAGCUUCACGUUUAAGGGAAGCAUGCUUGAAUUUCUUAGAGCUAUGCAAACAAAAGAAUGAAGACAAGCUUUGGAUGGAUGAGAUCGCAGCCAUGCAGGUGUCUGCUCAACCCGUGUUGCCUUACUUACGAACUUCUGGAAUCGUACUCGCGGGUGAAGAUGAGUCAACCCCAAGCCAUGCCAGUUUGGACAUUGGCCAAGAUGAUACCUUGCCAGCAUCAGGUCAAACUCCCUCAACCGAUGGAAGGGCUCAACUGCCAAAGUCGUGGCCGAAUCAUCAUCCGCAGUACAUUCACAAUUUUCAAGGUCAUCCAUUCCAACAAAUGCCUCCAUACCAAGGAGGAUAUGUGUAUCCUGGUAUGCAGGUUCCUCCUCCUUCAUAUUUUCCGGGGAAUAUGCAAUGGCCUCCAAACGAGGAUCGUUCUCACAAUGAUAAAACAUCGUACAAGAAAAAGAAGAAGAAAAACAAACAAUCUCAAGUAGUGGCGCACUCUGAAGAAGACAAAUCAACUACAUCGUCCGAGUCUAGCUACGAGAGUGAUUCAGAUGUUGAUACAAAGCAAAGCAAAAAGAACUCGUCAACGGAGCGUAUGCACAAAAAGAAGCAUGGAAAGAAGUCCUCAAGGAAAGUAGUUAUACGCAAUAUAAAUUAUAUAACCUCUAAAGGAGAUGGUGAAAAGGGAAGUGUCACAGACGAGAGUUUAUCGAAUGAGGAAGAAUUUAUCAACGGAGAUUCCUUGAAACACAAGGUAGAGGAAGCUGUUGCGUCUUUUGAGAAAAGAAACAAAUCAAACACGCAUCACCAUAAGAAACAACAUAGCGCGAAACACCAUGGCAGUGUAAAUGAUUCAACUGUUUCUGAUUCCAAUGGCAUAAAAGACAGUAACAGUUGGGAUGCUUUCCAAAAUCUUCUUUUGAUAGACGAUGAUGAUUCUACGCGUGAUACAGAAAAACAGCCGAUGAAGUUUGAAGAAGAGUAUAUGAUGAAUAAAAAUUUUGAGGAUGGAAGGUCAAAGGAAUUUAGCGGUGAAGCAGGCUUCGCUAAAACUCGAGUAGUUUCAAAUGAUUCCUUUGUUGUGACACAGAGGGCAUUGAACAAUGAGGGUCAAAAUCGCGUUGAAUACUUCAAGGAAGGGAAGGAUGAACCUACAUUUAUGCAGAAAAAGACUAGUAAUGAAGAGGAUUUGUUGUUUCCUCGGAGAAACGAAGAAUCUGGUAGAUAUUAUUCGUCUUCUUCAGCUACAGAUAGUUUACCUGUAGACAAAAACAAGAGAGACAUUUUGGCUGACGACUCUUUCAUGAUUAUAGCUCAAUCAUCGCAAAAUAAAUUCAAUUCUCAAUCAGCUGCUAACAUAAGUUCGGUUUCAGACAUGGUCGGCACUACUGAAUUCACAAACGGAACACAAGAAGGUUCACACAAGAAGACUGAAACCUUAACUUCUCGCGAGCCAGACCUGAUGGUUCUUGAUCGCGAUUCAGCCGUGGAGCAGAAUGCAACACCUUGGAGAAUGGAAAUGUAUUAUGAAAACAACAUUGCAUCAUCUGAAGCAAAUAAAAAGCCUUCUGACGUUGGAACCGAUAGAAAUCGUGUGCCUAAUCAUGAAGGCGCGGAUAAGAAAACUAGUGGAGCAAAAAAUGGGAAAAUUUCAAGUAAAGAUGCAAAGUCAAAGGCUCCAAAUGCGUCUCUUGGGAGAAGCAAAUCUGACAUCAUGUCAAGAAGUAGAACAUUGGCGGGAAGCAGAACUACGGUUACGAAGAGCAAAUCCGAGAAGGAAGAAGAAACUAGAAAAAGAAGAGAAGAGUUAAUGAUCCAGCGACAGAAAAGAAUCGCCGAAAGAAGUGCCUCGAAGAAGACUGGAACAGAAACUAAGAAUUCUACAAAGAAAGGGAAUCCUAAGAUUCAUCCAUCUAAUGAAGAGACUAAGAAAUUGAACAAACCAGUCAUUAGGAGUUCCACCAUCAACCGCCUCGCUACUGCCAGAGUAACUCAGCAGAAGGUUUCUCCAAGUCAACCAAAAUCAAGUCCAGCCAAGAAACCUUCCUUGAAGGCAAAUAAGGUACCUUUGCAGAAGAAACAGCUCCCAAAAGAAGUCAAAUCUUCGGAUCCUAAAGAAGACGCGGGCAAAACAAAAGGGAAAGUUCUAUCCGACACUAACGCGAAGACUAAGAAUGAAGUAAAAGCCUCACUAGUGCUGCCUAUCAAACCUGUUGCCGCGCAAGCUGUUGAACAAAACAACAACAAUCAUGAUUUGAAAGUCACUGGAGAGGUAUCCAAGGCGUCACCGGAGAAAUAUCCAAGAUCUUUGAUUUCAGAAAGAGAAAUCGUGCAUGAAAAUAUGCGUCACCUUCGCACUAAUUCGUCUUUGCCAAAUCAUGAUCAUCCGUUGGGAGGAAAUCAGUCUAGAGGUGAAGAAGUGUCAGACAAGUUAUCUUCACUUCAUGGUGAUAACAUGAUCACAGCUUCUACUGCUGCAUUACCUACCAAACCAUUAACAUAUACUGCUUCGAAUUCAAAGGUUAAUCAGAAAAUAGACGAAAGUUAUGUUACUCCACCUAAAGUCUCGGAGAUACAAAUUUCUACUCCUCCGCCGAGUAACCAAGCAAUGCAAGAAUCAAACCACAACAGGAAGAAAUGGAUUAAUGAUGAGGAGGACUCUUCAAAAGCGGCGAAAGGAUUUCGUAAGCUUCUCUUCUUUGGAAGAAGGAGCUGA